AUGGCGUUCGCUUCGGCCGGCCUGCCGCCGCCGGCGCUCAACGCUGCCGCUGCCGAGGGCGCGGCGCGCGGCCGCGACGGCGCGCAAGAGGCCGAUGAUGGCCAGAGACUCGGCGUGAAGCGCCGCCUCGACGGCGAGCUCGCGAGCGCGCGCGUCAACGACGACGACGCCAAAGAAGGCGACACCAUUAUGGUGGACGCCGCACAGAUGGCCGCUGCGGCGGCCGCCGGCACCGACCGCGGCACGAAGCGCCUGCUGCACGUCGCGCUCGCGGCGCGCGACGGCUCGCACAUCCCGGACAUCCAGAACACGACGGCGCUCGUCACCGAGAUUCGACAGCUUCUGAGGAAGACGCCAGGCUGCGAGGCGCAGCCGGCGAGCGCGAUCAGCGUGCCCGUCAUCGGCACGUCGCGCGCCAUCUGCGUCGCCUUCAGCGGCGAGAGCGAGGCACGUGCCUUCCUCGAGCAGUACGCCGGCGGUGGCGUCCUACAGCUCCCAGCGCCAGACAACAUCACCAUCACCUUCGCCGCUCUCGACGCCACCGUGUGGGGCAAGCAGGCGGAGGCGCGCGAGACCCAGGCGACCAUCGACUCCGACGGCCUCCUCGCCAUACGCACGCGCGGCGCCAUCAACACCGCGGCCCAGAUCGAGCACUUCGCCCCCCUCUUGGAGAAGCACUUCGGCAACGUG